GACGACGGCCAUGCUGACGAUGCUCGAGAAGGCGCCAUCCAUCAAGAAGAUGACCAUCGUUCAUGCUUGUGUGCCAUAUGGCAAUGAUUGCAGCCAGUCAAUCCUUUCCAACCCGCCUUCCAACUUGAACAAGCAUUCUUUGUUGAAGCCCUUCCAGCAUGCUAGCCUUCGCUCCCAUCACUACAGCGACGCUCUGUUCGACAUGGCCAACCGUCUCUAAAUUCAUGCAGGGAUUUGAAUGGAGGAGUCAGUUCUUCGACUUGAACCUGCCACUUUCGUUCAAGCUAAACCUUAUUUUUUGUGUUUGAGCCGAAUGAAAUAUUGAAAUGC